AUGAACACCGUCCGCCGCCGUCUCGACUCUCUAGAGGCCUACCCUUCCUGGUUCAUCAUCCGUCUCCUGCUCCUCACAGGCUUCAGCUGGUCGCUCAAUGCAGCCGAAUGUGUGCUCUUCACCUUCGCGCGGAGGAAAAUAUCGAGAAGCGUUCGUAUGACAACGUUCGCGGUGGAAGCUCUGGGUGACGGCCUAUUCAUUGGGGCGGUUGUCGGCGCGCCGCAGUUUGGACACAUUGCUGGCGCUAAAGGUCGACGCUGGGCGCUAUUACUCGCGAAAACUCUGUCACUACUCGGGUUGGUACUGUCAGUGAUGGCGAGGAAGGACUAUGAGCUCAUCAUUGCUCGGAUCCUGGCUGGAAUCGGAUUUGGAGGAGAACUGCCUGUUGCUACGGUGCUAGUGCACGAAUUGACCUCGAAAUCAAUGCGAGGUCGCAUGGUAGCGUUGCUGCACGCGUUCACAGGCGUUGGCGGGGUCGUGGGCGUAGCUCUUGCCUUGAGUUUGGAGCCACGGUUCGGCUGGCGCACCGCUUCGGGUCGAGUGACUGAAGCGAUGCAAGGAGUUGAGAGGUUGGAGCGCGCUCACGGAACUCGAAUGAUCGAUGAUCAUGCCAUGCUGCGCGAUGUUUCGACAGAAGAUUUGGAGAGUUCCGUGGAGGUAGUGAAGCCACCAAUGCGUGACAGAGCUACGAGAGUGUGGAUGGUGUGGGCCGCGAUGGAGUUGUCAGGACGCGCGCUAGGCAUAUGGACCACGAUGGUCUUGCUUGGUCUCGCACAAAUUGCUGGCUCGGUGCUAGCCUCAAUGAUGCUGGAGGAGGUUGAUCCGAAGAAACUUUUGGCUCGCUGUGCCGCUUCCGCGUCUUUGAUAGCGGUGGUCCUGAGCCAUUCUCCUUGGAACGGCCCUGUUGUCAUCAUCGGGGUGUGCAUGGUAUCAGCUUUACUCGCUGCUGGCUGGAGCUGCGCGCUCGUAUACGCACCUAGCAACUUCUCGACGGAGGCUCGCGGCCGAGGCGUGGGCUAUGCGUUCGGCUUCAGUCGUUUGAGCGCCGUCAUCGGUGCUUGGCUGUACCCGCGCAUGUUUAACAUUUGGAGGGUAUCAGUGCCUGCAAUAGCGUGGAUGUUCGCCGCGCUGCUUGUGGCGAUUGUGCUUUGGGCUGUCCUACCAUUUUGGAACGGUAUGCUGCAAUUUAAAGAAGGCGCUGUACUGCGCGACGACAGAACUACUGGGAGCAAGGUCAAGCUAGAUGACAGUGAAAGCUCAGUGCUACUGGUUCGCAGUCAUAAUAAGAAGGAAGAAUAG